AUGGUUAUGAUCUACACUGUUGGGCAUGUUUCUGGUGCCCAUUUUAACCCUGCUGUCACCGUUGCUUUUGCUUCAUGUAAGAGGAUAGCAUGGAGACAUGUGCCAGCAUAUAUAUUAGCACAAGUCAUGGGAGCAACUCUAGCAACUGUCACUGUGAGAUUAAUGUUCAAGGAAGAGCAACUUCAGUUUCUGAGAACAAUUCCAGCUGGCUCAGAUUUGCAGUCUCUUGGAUUAGAAUUCUUGAUCACUUUCUACCUCAAGUUUGUUGUUCCAGGCACCACAAUGGAUAAUCAAGCUGUUGGAGAACUCACUGGACAUGUUAUUGGAGCUGUAAUCACAAUUAACUCUAUCCUUGCUGGAUAUGCUAAAUAG